AUGUAUCGUUUACGGCCGGGCAGGAGGCAUCCAUUCUUGGCGACGAUAUAUGCGAUAUCCCUUUAUAGCCAGGCGUUGGUAAUACCAGCGAUUUGGCGAUCCGUCAAGACACAGAUCGGCAGAACCGAGGCAACGGACUACGUCAACCACACGGUCGCCUUCGCCUACCCAGCAAUCCACAGGAGCCUCGGCCCCUUUAUCUCUUCAAGCUUCCCAGUCUCCGACGACGCCAUCAACGACUCCGGCCAUUCGCUCCAGUACGUGGGGAUCUCUUAUCGACAGGGUCUCGGGUACCCCAGGCACCCCGAACUAUCGAGCCGCGCCAACGGCGGAAAUGCUGAGUCGCCCAAGGCUAAUAACCCACUCUACCAUUCCCAGAGUCCGCGUGGUAGCUCUUCCAACGAGGCAGAGAAGUUAUUGAACAGCCGGAACCCGCCUCGGAAAGAUGAAGAUCGUACUAAGACGGGUGAUAAUAAGGGCUAUCUUCCUUUAGCCAAAAGAAGCAGGGGUCGAGAGGGCACCCUUUACCGUGACUCGGCCCACGAAAGCGACAGCGACGACGACGAAGGUGAGCUGGCUGGCGCCGAGCCACCCGUGCAGCCGUCUGACAGCCAAGACCGGAACUCUCAGCGCAACAUUGGUUGUCAUCGAUACUACGAUACCAAUAAUGAGGAGGACUAUCGUCUUAUUAAGGAUAGCGACGCAGAGCAUAGCUGGGAUAAUGAUGUGGUCCAGCCGCGACGACGCAAGCGCCGCAGGAUAAGCACUUCGAUCCUUGCAAGCGGCGGAACGGCUGUUCAGCAGCAGACACAUUACGCUGACUCCCGAUCACGGCAAAUUCAGAGAUCAUUCUAA